AUGACCACUUUCUCUCUUGGAACCCAUAAAUGUUUCCUCAUUCUGAUUUUCUUCACUGUUGUUUCUAUCAGUUGGAGCCUUAGAGUGAUUCCAAAUCAUGCUAAGUUGGCCAGCUUACAAGAAGAGAAAACAACAACCAGAGAUAAAAAGGAAGAAAACAUGGGAAUGGAACUCUAUCCAACAGGGUCGACCAUACCAGAUUGUUCCCAUGCAUGUGGACCAUGCUCUCCCUGCAAGAGGGUGAUGGUUAGUUUCAAGUGCUCCAUUGCAGAGUCUUGCCCCAUAGUUUACAGAUGCAUUUGCAAGGGAAAAUACUACCAUGUUCCCUCCAAUUGA